AAGUCGUAAAAUGGGGCAAACUCACUUAACAAAAGUUUCAGCUAGCAACAUAAAGUUUGGGCUCAGUUGUUGUAACUCGAGGAUUACCUGUGGAACCAGUGAUAAGAAAUAUCAUGGUUAAAUUUGCAUAUUUCAUCAAACGAUUCAGGGAAAUGAAAUUAACACAGGUAAUGAGGACUUCCAGGUGAAUCACCCAGAGUCACUGAAUAAAAAAACCAGAAAUAGGUAUCUCUUUGGGUCCAUUUCUGCAGCCUUCAAAUUUUAUUGAACUAUCUACUGCUCUUGUUUUCAAAGUAGACUUUUUUUUGUUCUUUGCCAUUCAAAUAAUAAGGUCUUAAGCCUUCACUCGAAUUAAUUGGAGAAACUGAUAAUCUCUCAUUUAUAAAUAAGAUUUACAAAUUUAUAAAUCUUAUUGCCUUGAGAUGGUAUCAUAAGAGUAUGAUCUUAAAAUUAAUUUGGAGGAGUGGCCUGUUAAUAUUAGCUGUGUGCACUGAAUGGUAACUGUCCUACUUGAAAUCAUAUCAGAAAUUUUCUGAAUCCAGAUACUAUACUGAUUGAAUACAGAAUACAUAAAUGUUAGCCCUAAAGGUGCUUUUUCAGGAGACAGUUGGACUUUGUUGUUUUUCUUUGAAGACAUUUCACUUCUCAUCCAGGAAGCUUUGUCAGCUCAGAGCUGAAGAAGCUUCCUGGAUGAGAAGUGAAUCCUCUUCAAAGAAAAACAAGAAAGUCCAGUUGCCUCCUGAAAAAGCACCUGUGGGACAACCGUAACCCGGAUGACUGAAAAUCUCCAUAGAUACAUAAAUGUUAGGUACAUGUGAGAUAUUUUGCAAAUAAUUAUUAAAGUAAUAGCAAUUGAACAGCUCAGAUGGUUGAGUUUGACACAGUGACAUUGAACCAGUUCUCAAUAAGGAACCAUAAUGUGUCAGAAGGAAAAGUAGCAGAGCAAAGGAAAGAUAAUUAGCACCAUGGAGCCUCAGGUGUCAAAUGGCCCUACAUCCAAUACAACCAAUGGUCCUGCCAGCAACAGCCGAAAUUGCCCUUCCCCUAUGCAGACAGGGGCAGCUACAGAUGACAGCAAAACCAACCUCCUAGUCAACUACUUACCCCAGAACAUGACCCAAGAAGAGUUCAGGAGCCUUUUUGGGAGCAUUGGUGAAAUAGAAUCCUGCAAGCUUGUAAGAGAUAAAAUUACAGGGCAGAGUUUAGGGUAUGGAUUUGUUAACUAUAUUGAUCCAAAGGAUGCAGAGAAAGCCAUUAACACUUUAAAUGGACUCAGACUCCAGACCAAAACGAUAAAGGUUUCCUAUGCCCGUCCAAGUUCAGCAUCAAUCAGAGAUGCAAAUUUGUAUGUCAGCGGCCUUCCAAAAACGAUGACCCAGAAAGAGCUAGAGCAGCUUUUCUCACAAUAUGGGCGCAUCAUCACCUCACGAAUUCUGGUUGAUCAAGUAACAGGUGUUUCUCGUGGUGUGGGAUUUAUCCGUUUUGAUAAGAGAAUAGAGGCAGAAGAAGCCAUAAAGGGACUUAAUGGCCAGAAGCCAAGUGGUGCUACAGAACCAAUUACUGUGAAGUUUGCUAAUAACCCCAGUCAAAAAACGAGCCAAGCUCUCCUUUCCCAGCUGUACCAGUCCCCCAACAGACGCUACCCUGGACCACUCCACCAUCAGGCUCAGAGAUUCAGGCUGGACAAUUUGCUUAAUAUGGCCUAUGGCGUAAAGAGGUUUUCUCCAAUCACAAUUGAUGGGAUGACAAGCCUUGUGGGGAUGAAUAUUCCUGGCCAUACUGGGACUGGAUGGUGUAUUUUUGUCUACAAUUUAUCACCUGACUCAGAUGAAAGUGUGUUGUGGCAGCUGUUUGGGCCCUUUGGAGCAGUCAACAAUGUCAAGGUGAUCCGCGACUUCAAUACCAACAAAUGCAAAGGGUUCGGUUUUGUCACCAUGACCAACUACGAUGAAGCUGCUAUGGCCAUUGCCAGCCUUAAUGGAUACCGCUUAGGAGACAGAGUAUUGCAAGUUUCCUUUAAAACCAACAAAACCCAUAAAUCCUGAAUUUCAUAUCCUUAAUAAUUAUUAUUAUAAAUAUAUAUAAAUAUAUAAAUAUAUAUUCAAAAAAACUCUUCAAGGCUUAUACUCAACCAUGGACUUUUAUAAGCCAGUGUUGCCUAAGUAUUAAACAUUGGAUAUCUUGUGAACAGGAAACGGAUUUUAUAAUGCUUAGAAAAAAAAAACAAAAAUCUUUGAUGCAUUGAAUGUUCUUUCAUAGCUGUUGUUGUUAAAUAUAAUAUACAUAAAUAACAAAGUGCAGGGAUUUUUACCCGGCCAGCUAGUUUUACUAUCUUCCUUGAAGGUGGAUCUUUUUAAGAUGACCAUUUACUCAUUUGAAAAUAAAUGAAAAACCUAAAAUCAUUUUUACAAACCACUGGAAUUAGCAGAUUUUGCUCUUUUUUCCAAAAUGUUGAUUCAAUCAGAUUGGUAAACCCCCAGGAUAAAUUAAAGAGGAAUAA